GUCAGUCACAGGAUAAGCACCUUGCUGAAGUGUUGCAUCACUUUAUUAAUUUUCUUUGGCCCUGACUUUGCUGCUUUUUGAUGUUUUGUGGGUCCUUUUGCUACAGACUCCAAACUAUGUUUAGCGUCCGUGCUCACACUGAAGUUACAGGAGCGGAAUACUGCGAUGCAUCUCGCGGCCUUUGGACGGAGCUCGUCUCAACCCUCUGUCACUGAAUGAAGUGUCUUCCAGUGGAGGGAAGGGAGAAGUGAAGGGCAGCUGGGCCAACAUCUCGCCUGCUGUGGGCAGAGUCUGAGACUCUGGACAAGUCCUCCUCAUGCCAUUUGUAAAUAACAAAGUUGGAGAUGACUGCACAGUCGCCACAGACAAGGCUUUGGCCGAGGGAGAGGCUCUGGUGAAGUCUUUGGUGAAGGUGGUAGCGUGCUACCGGCACUUGGCAUCAUGUGUCGGCGGGUGCACAGACAGCCUGCAGCUGCGGGACGAGCUACGACAAACGAGAGAAAAGGCCCAAAAGUUGGCGGUGUCCAUCCGUCAUCAUCUGACCUCACAUCUGCGAGACAAGAGCCUCCCUGUGGAUCAGCGUAGGGAGAUGGAGCUCCUCUGGGUGGCUUUCUCCUCCAGUCUGGAGCUCCUCCAUGUCGAUAUGUGCAAAGUUUUCAGCAUGGGUGACAUAUUCUCACUGGCCAAUGGUGUUACCCUGAUACAAAAUGGCUUUCAAGGAGGAGGCAGUGAGGUCGCAGCUCGGGCACUCAGUGUGCCAGACCUGAACCAGGAUCAGACUCCAACACUGGAAGCUGGUCUCGAGAUCCAGGAGCGCAGCACCAUGGAGCAGGAGAUCAGCCACAUUGACCACAUGAUUGAUGACAUGGAGAUGAAAGUCAACGUGCUGCGCUGGAUGGUGGAGCCUCACGGGCCACAGUAUGCAGACCCACUCAGCAGCACUGACAGCUCCUCGCUGGCUCUGCUCUCUGUGGACGAGGAGCAGCCUGGACACCAGCCUCCAAACAAGCGCAAUCAGAUCGUUGUGCUGUUACUGCUGUUUGCUGUUAUUUUGUUAGCAACCACUUUAUCAGUGUGCAUUUUCUUUUUCUCAUGAGCAAAACAACAAUGUAUUAAUAACUUCCCCCUUUGUUUCCCUUUAAAAAUUGCAGCAAGAAGCUCAGUAACACUGCACAAAAAUGGCAAGCUUUGCAUGACGUCAUAACUAAAUUAUAGUGUAAUAAUUUAAAAACAAACUAAAAUAAAUUAUGUGAUUUCGAAGCUGCCUUUGUUGAACAAAGUGACAAAAAAUGACUGCCAGUUAGAAAUGUUUAAAUGAAAUGAAGUAUGGUUGAUUUACUGUAAAAAGACAGCACUUGUAUUUUUCCUCUCAUCCAGCGCAGUACAUUCUCCUUGUAAUGCACAAAAAACUUUUCUGAAAUGUCACAUUUUUAUUCCGUGAUGCCACUGAGAAGAUGUAGGUGCUGAAGCUUUUUUCAUUUUUUUUCAUUCAGUGUUUACGUGUAUAUUAUAUUCCGAGACCUGACAAUAUGUAGAGUUCUGCUUUAUAAAGGUAUCUCCUUUGAUAA